AUGACAACUCAGCCUGAGACAACCGUAUCAUCUCAGUCCACAUCAACAGCGUCCACAGCAACACAACCGAUAUCAACUCCGACGUCAACGACUUCAGAACCGACAACAACGUCGACGAUUUUGACAACGACAACAAUACAACUGUCAACAACAUCUACAUCAUUGCUAACGACAACAUCAACAACGGUAUUAUCUCCUUCGACGUCAACAACACCCAUAACAGAUAUAGAUACAACAUCAACAACGACAAUGACUUCGACUACUAUGUCUACAAUUUCAGAACCGUUGACAACGCCGACUACAAUUAGUUCAACACAACUAUCAACUACAACGGCGUUUCAAUCUACGGAAACAACAACGGUGACAAUUUCGUCUCCGACAACAUCGUCGCAUAUGGAUAACGUGACCUCUCAAUAUUAUAUGAUACCAAACAAUUUGGCUGAUUGUACGUGCAAGUGUUUCAUGAUAAGCAACAUAUCUUUAGAAAUUGGCAGUCUUCAAUUGGCAAAGAAAAUUGAGAAGCUGAUAAACUCAACAAAAGUAGCAAAAAAUGAGACCACCGCUGCAAUAAGGAAGAAGAUAAGCGCAACAGACGAUCGACAAAGUGCAUAUACUAUGGGGGCUCUCGGUGUUUCCAUACUUUCUGUAACUGUGGGAGUACUUGUGAUGUUGGACGUUUCCAAAACUAUCUAUAGUUUGUUUUGCAAAUAA